ACAGCGACACUUCCGGUUUCACGUAGGAGAGAAAUUAUGAUGCGAAUAUCAGAGAAACUCGUUAUGCUUUAGACCGCUUUUCAUUCAUCAACACCCGCCGAAUGAGCAGCGGGGACGUCGUGUGACUGCGUAUGAGAGGAGGCUCAAGGUUCCCGGUGCAACCAUGCCCGUCUCUCUGCUGUGGGCGGUGGACGUGUACGGGCGGGUCUACAGCCUGUCCACGGCGGGGCAGGUGUGGGAGCAGUGCCGCGAUGCCCAGAUGGAGUUUAAGCGGGUGACGGCGGCUCAGCAGUGCUGCUGGGGCAUCGCCUGUGACAACAACAUCUAUCUAAAUAUCCACGCUUCUGACCUGCCGGUCCGCUACCAGGAGGAGACCUACGAGAAUCAACGAUGGAAUCCUGUUGAUGGUUUCUCGGAGCGCUUGUUGCCAAGCGAUCGCUGGCAGUGGAGUGACGUCACGGGUCUGCAACACCAACCUCUGGACAACUUCCGGCUUCCCUCCAUCAGCUGGGAGUGGGAGGGCGACUGGCACGCGGAUGAAAACUUUGAAGGAGAGCCCACAGAGAAAGGGGGAUGGACCUACAGCAUGGAUUUUCCUGCCACUUACACCAAAGACAAGAAGUGGAACUCCUGCGUCCGACGCAGACGAUGGCUCCGCUACAGGAGAUACAAAGCCAUGGACACCUGGGCUAAGAUCCCCCCACAGCAGACGAUGCUUCCAGAUCCUUUCAGCGACAUCAGCUGUGGAGGUUGGGAGAUCAGUGACGAGCCCAGUGGCCGACUGUCGCUGUGGGCUGUGUCUCUGCAGGGCAAAAUGUGGUUCAGAGAGGGGAUCAACCACCACAACCCCGAGGGCUCUUUGUGGGAGGAGGUGCCUCUCCCCGCGGAGGUGGUCCAGAUCAGUUGUGGCCCGGGGGAUCUGAUCUGGGCGGUCCUGUGGGAGGGGCAGUUCAUUGUCAGGGAGGGCAUUAGCAGAGACUGCCCCAAAGGUACCUCCUGGGCGGUGGUCGACUCUCCCAGUCCUGAUGUGGCAGCCACACAUGUAGCCGUGGGAAUGAACGUUGUUUGGGCUUUGACCAAGGACAACAAAGUGUGGUUCAGACGCGGUGUGAACUCCCACAACCCGUGUGGCUCCGGCUGGAUCAACAUGGUGGGAGAAAUGAUCAUGCUCAACGUGGGACUCAACGAUCAGGUGUUGGCUAUCAGCUGUGAGGAUCGGGCGGUGUACUUCCGACAAGGUGUGACCUCUAGCGAACUGAGCGGGAAAACCUGGAGGGCCAUCAGCGUCCCUCGAGACGGAGACCGAUCCCACUCCAGUGCCAGCGCAAGCAGCCUGCAAAGCGCUGGAUGUUACUUCUGUGGUGAGGUGCGUGCUCAGUCAGUAGUGAGUGAUGUGGAAUCAGACACAGACAAAGGAUCUCUAGAUGGAGCCAGCCACCUCGUCGCCUCCAUCUCCCCCAUCAGCCCAGAGUCCUUUGUUGAUGCCCCGACUGAUCACUCUGAGGAACCUAUAGACACGCCCAAAGCCCGCAUCCCCAAAGUCACCAGCGACAGCUUCAUCUCUGAACUCGUCUCUGACCGAGAACCAGGAAAGACCACAAGAGAGGACGGUCUUUCGGGUCCAGCUGUUCUGGAGGAGGAACCCAUCCCGGGAGAAGAAGAGGUCGAAGCCCCCAGUGCUGGUGUAGCUAUCUCCUCCAGCCAGUCCGGACGGCCUAUUGACCCCCAGUGGAGUAACGUUGAUCUGGAGGAGGCGCAGGGCCAGACCGGAGCAGUGGUGGACUCAGCUGACACAUGCAGCUUGUCAUCAGUGGCCACAUACACUCUGGCCAUAGAGGACCAGUAUGGGGCCGAUGAGCACCCUCUGUGGGCGUGGGUCAGUGGAGGUGGCUGCUCUGUGGACAGCCACUCCCAACUCAACUGGUUUAACUGCUCUAUGAACGCUUCAUCUUUGGUGCAGUCAGUCCAGUCCAUGAGUCUUUCUGUCACGCCAGCCCAGACGGCAGCCUGGCGGAAACAAAUCUUUGAGCAACUCAGUGAGAGGACCAAAAGAGAGAUGGAUAAUUUCAGACAUUAUGAACAAGCCAUAGAACAGUCUGUGUGGGUGAAGAAGGGAACCAUGCAGUGGUGGAGAGACUGGAAGCCACACAAGUGGAUCGAUGUUCAUUUUGCCCUGGAGCAGUUCUCAGGACCAGAGGGCAACAAGGACGGCAUCCUCUUCAUCUAUUACAACUUUUAUGAGGAGAAGAAGUACCUGCAUGCCUUCAUCAACGAGGUCACCAUCCUGGUUCCUGUGCUAAAUGACUCCAAACACUCUUUUGCCAUCUACACCCCUGAGCGGACCAAACAGAGGUGGCCAAUCCGAUUGGCGGCAGCCACAGAGCUAGAGAUGCACGACUGGCUGGCAUUGUUGAGUGACUCAUGCUGCAACUCCAGGGGGAUCCAGGGUCCUCCCUCCAAACAGGCCGCCUGGUCCGUAACCUGUAAAGGAGACAUCUUUGUCUGUGAGCCCUCUCCUAGUCUGGAGGCCAUGCCUUACCCCACCCCCUGCGACCAGAUGUUCUGGCGGCAGGUUGGAGGCCACCUGCGUGUGGUGGAGUGCAACAGUGUUGGCAUAGUGUGGGGCAUCGGCUACGACCACACUGCCUGGGUCCACACCGGGGGCUACGGAGGAGGUUUCUCCCAGGGACUGGCCAGCAGCACAGAUAACCUUUACACACAGGUGGAUGUCAAGAGUGUCUACAUCUAUGAGAACCAGAGGUGGAACCCUGUCUCCGGCUACACCAACAGAGGGCUCCCUACAGACCGCUACAUGUGGAGUGAUGCAUCAGGACUACAUGAGUGCACAAAAACAAAUAUGAAACCCCCCUCCCCUCAGUGGACAUGGGUGUCUGAGUGGGCUAUUGACUACAGUAUCUCUGGGGGGACAGACAGAGAAGGCUGGCAAUAUGCAGCUGAUUUUCCAGCGUCAUAUCAUGGCUAUAAAACGCUGAAGGACUUUGUGCGUCGCAGGCGAUGGGCAAGGAAGAGUAAACUGACCAGCACAGGACCCUGGCAAGAAAUCCCUCCGAUAUCCCUGAUUGAUGUGACCAUCCUGCCUUGUGCAGCUCAGAGCAGCGUGGACGUGGUUCCUCUGUGGGCGAUCAGCAACAAAGGAGACGUGCUCUGCCGACUGGGAGUCACCACACUGACACCGGCUGGGUUCUCGUGGCUCCACGUGGGAACUGACCAGCCGUUCAAGUCCAUCUCCGUCGGGGCUGCCAGCCAGGUUUGGGCCAUCGCCAAGGACGGUUCUGCCUUUUACAGGGGGUCUGUCUCUCCACAGAGCCCAGCAGGAGACUGUUGGUACCACAUCCCCUCCCCGGGCAAACAGAAGUUGAAGCAGGUGUCGGUAGGGAGGACAUCAGUUUACACUGUAGAUGAAAAUGGUAACCUGUGGUACCGCCACGGUGUGACCCCAAGCUACCCUCAGGGCUCCAGCUGGGAACACAUCUCUAACAAUGUACGCAAGGUCUCUGCAGGGCCUCUGGACCAGGUGUGGAUCAUAGCAGACAAGGUGCAGGGCAGCCAGAGUCUGAGCUGUGGAACAGUGUGCCAUCGACUCGGGGUCCAACCUGUGGAGCCUAAAGGACAGUCGUGGGACUACGGUAUUGGGGGCGGAUGGGACCACAUCACAGUGAGAGGAAACUCCAUGGAGCCGCCCCGUCUUCCCUCUCUCACAGCCCCAGCUCCUCCGAGCCCCCUGCCUGUCAGGAACAUGGAGGUCAACGGCAACGCUGUGGGAUGUUAGACACGCACGCACGCACACACACACACACACACACACACACAAGUACGUGUGUACCAUGUACAGUACACACGUACUGUACAUAGCCACCCUAAACCAUAUUACCUUUGUAGUAAUAUGCAGUUUGUCAUCUGUAGUUCUUGUUUAAAAGUAACUUUUAACAUUUCAGUAGCAGAAAUGAUAAUCUUCAAGUCACAGAAAGUUGGGCCUUUUGGACUUUCAGAACAAUCUUUAAUGCUGAAGACAAUUUAUAGUCAACUGACCCAGAUUUUUACUUUUUACUAAGCUGUUCGGGCUUUUCUGUCUCAUUUGUUUUUGGUCAACGACAUUGAACUUGAUGGUCUUAAUGCAUUUAUUUAUUUAUCAGGCUGCGAUAUUUCUGUUGGUUUAUGUGUAUUGAGUACCUCAUGUAUGGUCCAAAUUAACAUGUGGGCGUGAUGUGAGGUUUCUUUUUUAAAAAGGGGAAGAAAUGGUGUACAUCAAUUCCAGUUGCUUACAGGUCCUGAUCACUCUGAAACAUUGAUAACAGGAUAUAGCAAGCAGGACGGCGUAUGAUCCAGGCGUCACAGGCCAGACGUGUGUGAUAUUAGACCACAGACUGAAGCAACUGUGUAUCCCCCACUGGUUUCUAAUCUCUCAGCUUCCUGAAAGGACUUGUGAAGCCGUAGUUUGGGUGUAAUGCGUGCAACAAUCAAGUGUUUGGAGCCAGAGAAUCCAAUUUAGAGCGGUGGAACCCGGGCUAGAAGCGAACUGAGUGUGAAAGGCUGUAAAUCAAGGCAAGCAACCCAAAACAUGCUUUUUUGUUUUAUUGGUGCAACUGGGACCCUGACAUCUUGCCGACUUGUAAACUUUUAAGUUUUUUUUUUUUGUGUUUUCUGGAGCCAGUAUGUAGCAUCUGUAACAAGACCUGCACUGGCUUAAUUUACCUGUAGUGGUUGCAGCUUGCCUUGAACAAACAACGUAUGUUUUAUACGGAGUUAAAUGUUAUUUUCUAAAAUAUAUAUUUAAUUGUUCUGUUGUCUUGGAGUAUGUGCAAUGGUUAACAAUGUAAAUAAGGGUGGAUUACUUGUAAAAGUCUUGUUGUUGAACCUUCCUCUUUCUCAGGAGAAUAUUUGCAUCUACUUCCUGAUGGUAGUAGAAUGAUUAAGCAAUUAGAGAAAAACCUUUAACACCCCCACACUAUAUUUUUGUUAUCAGUCUGUAAGAUAUUAAUAUUAUACAAUAAGUAUAGUAGAUGCUGCAAUGAUGAAAUACAGCCGUUCAGGCAUCCUUUAUGUUAAUGGUCGGCUAAAUUCCUCCAUUUCUUAAAUCUAAAUAUGAUCCAGCCUUUGGAAAUGUGGAAAGUGUACAGAGAUCGGUCUCUUUUAUCUGUGUAUAUCUAACAUCAUACUGUGUUACUGUAACACAUUAGUGCUAUUGACAUUGUGGAGUACUUUUCUCAAGUGUUGUGCAUGGUCAAAGUAACAGUCCUUGUCAAUAAAUAAAUGUGUUUAUUGAUAAUAAC